AUAAGAGCUCAAAGCAAAAAACACUGGUAUAACCACAUUAAACCGAGCUUUUGCAUCGGCAAAGAUGUGUUUUUCACAUUCUAUGUGAAGAGGUUCUCCUGGAGAACGUGUCAGAACGUACACUACCAGUCUAAAGUUUGGGAUCGGAAUGGAGGAGCCGGUGAACAUGGAUCGUGGUUUCUUCAGGAAAGUGGACGUUCCCGAUCAUGCACACUAUAUAGUGGCUUUCUUCGUGGCGAUCAUCGGGGCCGUGGGAGUGAUCGGGAACAUGCUGGUCAUGUACGCCUUCUUCUGUAACAAAAAGCUACGGACGCCUCCGAACUACUUCAUCAUGAAUCUUGCAGUGAGUGACUUUCUCAUGGCCAUCACUCAGUCGCCGAUCUUCUUCGUCAACUGCAUGUACAAGGAAUGGGUGUUCGGAGAAAUGGGCUGUAAGAUGUACGCCUUCUGCGGAGCUCUGUUCGGGAUCACAUCCAUGAUCAACCUUUUGGCCAUUUCCAUCGACCGCUACGUCGUGAUCACCAAACCCCUGCAGGCCAUCGGCUGGACGUCCGGGCGCCGGACGCUGAUCAUCAUCCUCCUGGUCUGGAUCUACUCGCUGGCCUGGAGUCUUGCACCUCUAAUAGGAUGGAGUUCGUAUAUCCCAGAAGGCCUCAUGACGUCCUGCACAUGGGACUAUGUGACGUCCACUCCAGCAAACAAGAGCUACACGUUGAUGCUCUGCUGCUUCGUGUUCUUCAUCCCUCUUGGCAUCAUCUCUUACUGCUACUUCUUCAUGUUCCUCGCCAUUCGUAACGCAAGCAGAGAUUUGGAGAAGCUGGGUAGCCAUGUGAGGAAGACCACCCUCAUCCAACAGCAGUCCAUCAAGACCGAGUGGAAGCUGGCGAAGAUCGCGUUCGUGGUCAUCAUUGUGUUUGUGCUGUCCUGGUCUCCGUACGCCUGCGUCACGCUCAUCGCCUGGGCCGGGUACAGCCACGUUCUUUCUCCGUAUUCAAAGGCAGUUCCUGCAGUGAUUGCCAAAGCAUCAGCCAUUUACAAUCCUUUCAUCUAUGCCAUCAUACGCUCCAAAUACAGAGACACGCUGGCUGAGAAGGUGCCGUGUCUGCAUUUUCUAGCCCAGUCGUCACGUAAAGAUUGCAUUUCGGUGUCGAACAGCGAAUCGUCCUUCAGAGAGCCCAUGCUCAGCCGACAGUCAUCAGGGUCAAAGGCCAAGUUCCAGCGAAUCUCCUCCAUGUCCACUUCAGACACGGUCUGGAGUGAUGUAGAAUUAGAUCCUGUGGAGCAAAAGAGUCAGAUCCUCAGAAGCUCACAAUCAGCAAAUCUGCUGAGAGCUGAAGGAAGGAAACCGCCAACGAAACAUGGCAAGACGAAGAACAAGAGUCGAGGAGAGGAAGAGCACAGAGAGAAGAAGCCUGCAGUCGCAGAGAGCGGCUCUCUGAUGGAUUACAGCCUUGACCUGGCGUCCGAAUCCAUCAACAUGGCCACCGUCCCGCUUCUCAUGGCCAAACACACUCCAGGAGAGGAACCAGUGAAAGAAGAGGAGUGCAACACUGUGAGCCCCCAGACAAAUGGUCUGGCUUUUUACGAAGACACCGAGGAGCCACAAAUCAUCUUUGGCCGCGAAUCAGAGGAGCAAACGUCGCCGAGCAGAGAAGACAAAUUAAUACUGGACCUCAAAAGCCUGAACUGCUCCAGCGAGCUCCUGGAGUCUGUGGAGAAGUUCCUCUCCUGAGGCCUGACGUGACGCUUGUGUUUCACUGAAGACGAGGCAGGACACUUGAGAACGCAGUCUUCCGCUGAACGUUUCACAUCAGCCGUUUUGUUGGCAAAGCAAUCGGGCCGAAUUAGUUUGCGUGCAGAUCAUCAGCUGCUUCAACUUCACACACUUCAGCCACGGCACGGACUGUAGAAUACAUGAGAGUGACACUGUGUUUGCAAUUUUCAUUACCAAACCUACUUGCACUUUAACAAGAGCGGUAUCACAAUAAG